GCUUCCUCCUGAUGAAUGUUUGUUUCCUGACGCGGGAAAAACACUCGUUUUUUAUUUUAUUUAUUUUUAUACAAAUACUUGUAUUUUUAUGUUCAGUGUUCUUUGGCACAAAUAACAUAUUUCCAUGUAGUUUAUUUGCAGCAGUGUUUGAGGUAAAUACAGCUAACCUCACUGUUUAUGCUUGCUAACUGGCUAACUCGUAUCCGCACUUGUAGCUUUGUGUAAGCGUGCUGCUCGUUAGGCUGAAUCCCAAACGGCUGCCUAAUCUCUCUCUAUAGGUACACUCGGUACAUCCCGCUGCAGUAGUGGCUUGUACACUACAUAUAGUGCACUAGAUAUCCGAUAGGGACACAUUUCAGGUUCUAGGCCAGAAUAAAGCUGUUUCUUUACUUACAGGCAGGGUGAAAGUGAGAAGAGGGAGUAACUGGUUGUUGUUUCAAGCAGAACAUGGCUUCAUGUUUGCCUGCUGUCGCUGAACAGCUACUGAAAGACCUUCAGAAGACAUAUUCAGAGAAGUCCCAAAUCCCUGAUGAGCUCCUAAUAGCGUUGAGGUUUAUAUUCGGCUCCUGCACUCUGCAGGCAUUAGACCUGGUGGAUCAGCGCGCUGUAACGUGUGUGUCCUCGCCCAGUGGCCGAGUAGUUUUCCAGGUACUGGGUGGAUCAGGACGUCUGUACACUUGCUACACAUCAUGUCAUUAUUGCCCCUGUCCAGCCUUCUCUUUCUCUGUGCUUAGGAGAAAUGAAAGUCUGGUGUGUAAGCACAUCUUGGCAGCCUACUUGUGCCAGGCCAUGGGAUUGUGCCAGCAGGAGCAGGUCCCGGAUCAGCAAAUGACCCUCAUCCUCUCCGGAAGAGCUGAGCUGGAUCCAUAAAGCAGCAUUCUGGAUGGAGACACAUACUGAAUUUGCCUUCUUGUGUGCUAAAGGUGAAUAAAUUGAGCAGGUGGGGUGUGCACUGCAAUAAAAGUUCACAUGAAGGGAACUAGGGAAGUUCCAGGGCUGGGAUUUGCAUAUUUCAUUUUUGACUGUCUCAGGUUUUUUUUUUGCUUGUUUUUUUCCCUGGGAGAACAGUAUUGCUUUUCCACUUGGCACGGCUCGGUACCUAAUCUCAACUCAGGACUGUACACAUCGUGGCCAAUGGCCUGUGUUUGGUUUCCUGUCUCAUAAAAUUACCACUGAAGCCAAAAGGAGUUCUCUGGAUGUUGUCAGCAUGAUUAUCAAAAUACUGCAUGAAAUCUAAAAAAGGAUUUUCUUUGCGAUGAAAAACCCCCAACAAAACUAUUGAACACAGGAAACGGAGUUUGUUUUAAUGGCAGCGAACAACCCAAUCACAGCCACAUGUGCCAAUCCUUUACUAUUAGUAAAAAACAGAAAGAAGAAAGAAGACUGGAUGUCUCUGAAUGUAGACUGCAAACUUUGUCGGUCAUUAAAAUGAAUUGUGCAUUUUGUAUGGAUGGCUCACAGAUGCACUUGAAAUUCUACCAUGUAUGCAGGGCACUAGUCAGGGUUUCAGUGACACUGUGGUUUAACCCAUGUAGGAAUUUGACCUAUUUAACCUAUAAAGGAAUUUGAAAACAUUAACUUGUACGAUACAGUUGUGGCAGAAAACGUAUGUUUAAUAAAAGAAAGUAACUUCAGCAUGCAGUCGUUACACUGUUAAUGAAGGUAGAAAACUUUUUCUCUGUUAGGACUGCUUUUGAUCAGUCACUCGUCUGAACUGUUUCCAACUGCACAAUGUCCCAGAUUUGAACAUACUGUUCCUGAGGAAGAAGAGAAAAUAUAUUCAGAACAGGUAUGUAGCUACAGUGUGGCACACUUGGCAAUAAACACAGAAAAACAGAAACUGCUGAGCUGUGCUCUGCUGAGCCGUGCCAAGCAGCGAUGUUCAGCGGACAAGCUAUAUAGUACUCACUCACUACUUGUACUGAGGAUGAGAUUGCAAUAUUGGGUGAAGUUGGGGCAAAAAUAAUCUUAUCCUCACUUCAUAGUUCACCGCUUACUGGGAGCAUAGGUUCAAAAGUCAGCGUGCACAUUUACUGAAAGGUUCAGAAACUGCUGAAAUGGCAUGUUGUGUUUUAAGUGAGCAAACGAAACUUGUUCUAAAAAACUUGCUCAAUAAAAUGAAAUAUUUUAUCUUUCUUUAUCAUCAUCCAAAGAUUAUAUUUUGCAAUAAAACACUUUUUUUUGUACUCUAUCAUAUGUUGUAUUGAAAUCCCAUGAGACCUUCACUGAGAGAAGCUAUAGCAAAGUCACCUCUUUUUAUUCAAAGGGUUAGAUGUCUCUAUCAUCAUAACCAGUUCAAAUUUUGCUAUUUUUAGCCUUCGAUUCUGUGCUUUCUGGUCUUUUUUCAGGAAAUCUUUAUCAGCCAAUUUGCAUGCAUGCUGCACAAUGAAAGUGUUUGUUUGAGCAAAACCCACCAGCCCGCACAAACCUUUACACAUUUUUAGCUGCAGUUAUGCAAGUUUUUAGCGCCGCUAUCAGCAGGUAGUCAAACAGCAUUACGGGUAACGUAAACCGUUAACCAAAGUGAAAAUAGAUAAUAUCCAUAAAAAAAAGAUUUUUUUAAAAUCUAUAUCUAUCAAAUCUGCAUCUGUUGUAUUUACUUGAGGUCAUGCUGCAAGUCUGACACUUCUGCUUUUGAUUUACCAGAAUUCUUUUUAUACUCUAUUUAAUG